AUGAGCGACUCACCUCCCAUUGUUUAUGCAGUCCUUCCAGAUUCCCCUACCGAAGUACAAUAUUCCUACAAUGCGCAUGAAAGUAUCUCUCCAAUUGUAACUCCUGUUCGGAAGAAAAGAGUCAGCGGAAAAGUAUCUCGCCUGGCAAAGAAACAACGAUCAACACCAAUUGCAUACUCUAAAAAUGCGGAAGAAUUCGAAACCGAAACUCAAACAGUACUCCAAGAUGAUACCAAUGCAUUAGCGCCUUUUUAUGAUGAAGAUUAUGGAGUAUCUGUUCCAGAAAUAGAUGCGUUGGGCAAAUCAGUGAAUGAAGGGGCCUCCGGAACUGAUGACGAAGAAUACUCGUACUUCCUGGAUGCAGUACUGGCUGAUGAAUGUGGCUUUUACCAGCUUACUGGCAAUCUUUUUGUUGCAAAUGGAUGGAGUAAUUCUAGGCGCGAGUCUACAAAACUCUGGUACCACAUUCAACGGAUGGAGCUCAACGGUGUAUGGAAGGAAACAUGCAUUUGCCCCAGAAAUCACAAUCAAUUUGAAUGUUUUCAUGAACGCUUUUUGAGAGAAACUGUUGCAAACGGAUUCAAGCUUCCUCUGCCUACAGAUGGCAAUGAAAUGAAAGUAUAG